GCGCUUCAAACCGCAAGUGCGCACAUAAAGGUGUAGAUUAGAAGUUGAGUAGGGGGUGAUUCGUGAGGCACCGUGAGAGGUGACAGUUCUUCUGCAGGAGGUUUGUCCUUUCUGGCUUGAAGUUACAGCGAAACAGCGAGACAACGGUGAAGUGGUGAUGGCCUCUUGAAACUAGUUGAACGAGUUUCUCAACAUCAUCAGAUCACAGAGAGUGUGUUAUACCUGUUGUCCCUCUCCUCCAAUCAAUCUCUCAGUAUUUCAUUAUGGAGGCCAGGGGAAAAUAUGACUUUAAUGGCACGGCAGAAGAUGAGCUCAGCUUCCGGAAAGGAGACAUUCUGAAGAUCCUGGGAUCUCAAGACGACUGGUUUAAGGCAGAGCUGCAUGGUCACGAAGGAUUUGUACCUAAAAACUAUGUUGACAGGCAAACACCAAGCUGGUUCAAGGAGAACGCCGUUCGUGGUUCAUCUGAGGAGAUGCUCAUGUCCCGAGAGGUAGGGGCUUUCCUGAUCCGUGGCAGCCAGAGUUCCCCUGGAGACUUCUCCAUCUCAGUCAGACACGAGUAUGACGUACAGCAUUUUAAAGUUAUGAAGGAUAAUAAGGGCCAUUACUACCUGUGGACAGAGAGGUUUACCUCCCUAAACAAGCUGGUGGAAUACUACAAGACCUCCUCUAUAUCCAAGCAGAGGGAGAUCUUCUUGAGGGAUGAAAGCAGUGAUGAGCCAAGAGCACCUCAACCAUUAAAGAGUCUGCCAGAGGUUCGGCCUCCCCCAGGUGGAGGUUAUGGUGGUCGUCAAAGCACAACACAACACAUCACGACUCACAACCAGAAGAGUAAGAGGGGAAGUGUUGAGGAGAAAGCUAACACUGUGGGUCACACAGAGAGGAACAGCCCAGUCUCUCUGAGAACCUCUGAAACUUUGCCUGCUCCGAGGUCAACCAUACAGGUGAGAGCAAUGCAUGACUUCACAGCAGAGGAAGAUGACGAGCUGGGCUUCAAUGCCGGUGACAUCAUAGAAGUACUGGACUGCUCAGAUGCAUCAUGGUGGAAAGGACGAUUGCGCGGCAGGACCGGUCUUUUUCCUGCAAAUUUCACAGAUCAGAUCUAAUACGUUACUACUGCCCAGAUGUGCAAAUCCACUGUCGCAAGAGUCAAAACCAUCAUUCUCCCAACAACUGUCUGUCAAUAAUAUAUGGAAUGGACAAUAUAUUCAAUAAUGUCAGUUUUACAAAGCUGGCUCAGGACAGCUCUUCCAAGAUAACUGAGAAAAAAACUCAUUAUUGAUGAAGGACUUUGUUGGUUCUCUACUUAACAUACAUAACCAUGUAUUUUAUUUCACAAAUAAGGUAUGAAAAAUGACUAGACUAGAUCAUAUCCCUUACAUAUAAAAUUCCCAAAAUGACUAGACUGUUACCCUUGAUAUGAAUUAUACAUUGUUUUCUGAUACAAUGACCCAUGGCCAUGUCAAAAAGUUCAUGUUGUGAAUUUACAAUUUUUGUCAUCAGUAGGACACACUAAUAUGAGAAAAGUUUAACUGUGUUACAGGCCUUUAGACUGAACGUGUUCUUGUGCUAAAAAAGCUAAAUGUAGCAACGAAUAUAACAGAAUGCAGGUGUCUCGAGAUGUGUUUAUAAACUUUGAAGUUCUUUUAACUUGGCACAGCAUUUAAAAAGCUUGGCGCUCCUCCACAAGACAUUGAAAAAACUGUGAGAGCUGGGUCAAAGACUAUCGCAAGCCAGAAGGGUCAGACUUUGUGUGUAUUGUAUCACUGUAUUAAGCUUUGAAACGUCAUUUUCUAAAAGGCAUGUACAGUUAAAAUGACAACUUAAGGUGUUAAAUAAACGCCUGUCACGCGUUAACGGCACAUUUAUCGUAAAUCGGAAGAGUCCGAAUUUGUGUGUAUUUUUUCGCCAUAUUAAGCUUUGAAGUGCCUUUUUUAAGCACCAUGUACCGUUAAAACAACGCAUAAAGUAAACACUGUGAACCAAGUUACAUGAAGGCCACAUUUCACAUUUUAACGGCACACCGUGUUACAGGACUUCCGGUUGGGUUUGUCAUUAAUGAAAAAAUAAACAGGCCUACCGAACUUGUUUCGCGCACAUGCUUUCACUCAGACAGGCGCGAGCGGAUGAGUUCAGGGUCGUUCACACCGAACGUGUUUUUGCAUGCGUCUGCUCUGUUUUUCCAUGGUUUUCCUAUGUAAACAUAUGCUGGACGAAAGUCUUUGACUGGCACGCCGUGUCUCGCUGUUUCUUCAGUGUCUCUGCAGGACCAGCACAUGUUUAGAUGGUGUCAAAUUAAAAAGAACUUCAAGUUUCAAAAACGCAUGUCAAGACCCUUGCGUUCUGUUUCAUUCGUUGCGCUGUGUCUAGAUUGUUAUUAGCGCAGGUGUCAAAAAAGAUUCAACGUUCUGAACAAGUUAUGGCUGCAAAGAGGGGAAUGUUACAUUGUUUCACAUUAUUCCAGAUUGUUCUGCACAGUUUCAGUGCUUGAUAAACGUUAAGGAAAUGUUUUUUCCACUUCUGCUCUAGUGUACUGAGGGGCUGCCGUGCCUUGUUAAAACUGUGUAUGUUUACUGUUACAAUACUGUUAUGAAUGUUGCUUACAUAAAAUACAGCAUACUGCAACAGUACUUGCUAGGAGAGAAAAAAAUGAUAAAGGGAGUCAGCUAUUUUGGGUUUGGGUUGGGUUCGACCUUAAAAUCGUACGUUUCUGUUAGGUUGGCCACAUGGUUUCGGGUACGGGUCAGGUUCCGGUUUCAUUUUAAGGCCUGUGCAGACCUCAAAUGCACUGUAUAAAGCUAUCAAAAAGCUCAUAGAUCACAUCUCAUUUUCCACAACUCAUGUUGUUUGGAGUUUGUUCGUCUACUAAACUUUCUUGAAUUUUCUUUUUAAUUUUCCUUCAAUGGAACAAUCCAAAAACACUUUAAACAACUGUACAGCCCGUUAAAGAGACGUUUGUGUGCUAGAGGCAUGUAUAUCCCUCACAGCCUCGUUGUUAUUCCUGUCGAAAAUCAAAGAUGGUGCUGCUGUGAACAAAGGCUGCGUCCGAAACCAGGAAAAUGCUGCCUCCACAGGUAGGAUGAAAAUAAGGUACCUUUCAAACCGUUCUGAGACCAGUUUCCAUUCAUUCAAAAACGCUGUCGGGUGAGCCAUUAACUGACAAGGCAGCAAGUCAGCUGCCUACAUUUUCGGAUGUAAUUCUUCUGACCCUUUUGGCCUUCCAUAAAAGACGUCCGUCAAGCGCUGGUUUACAUAGUAAAACAAUAAUAAAAAAUGAAAUAAAAAACCGCGCAGAUGGGGUGUAAACGGCUCCUUAUAGCUCCGAGCAAACCUGUUAUUGUAUGAAUUUUAUUAAGUUUUGAAUUAAAAACCUUAUAAAUAUUUUUUUUACAAAUGGUAUUUGUCAAAACAUGGCAUAGACAUAUGCUAUUGUUUUGAUACGCAGGUUGGAAAAUACAACAAAUGUGAUAUCAGU